AUGACUAAGUGUACCUGCAGUUAUAGAAAUAUAACUUGUACCAAGCUCUCUCGGCCAGCCUGCACCGAUAAAAAAGGCAUGGUGCGGGAACAUGGUACACACUGGUUUUCAGGAGUCUGUUUCAAUUGUUCAUGCGUGGAUGGUUUGAUCGGCUGUGUGAAGUAUCACGUGACUAUUCAUUAUGGGUUCUUCCAAGUUGAGACAAUUGGAAGAUGUAUGCCGUGUCAUCAGCCAACUAACGAUAUUUUACCAACAGGGGAUGGGACAGUCACUACUUGCCAGGUCUUCUUUCAGCUCAAGGCUUUAAAGGAGGUGUUUGGUUGUUCCAGCGGCGACUUCGUAAGGAAAGAACACGUGUGUAAUGGAGUCGCCGAGUGUCCUGACGCUUCUGAUGAAGCGCAAUGCCACGAUGCAAUCGAGUGCACAAACCAUACAGUUUUAAACGAGGCAAGCAGAUCUAGGUUUUUUACCAACUACAUCGUUAACACCAGCGAUACCUCAUUAACGGGCUGGUUUACAUACAAUGGCUCAGCCGGUACGCGUAUGGCUACAACCUGCGUUCCCGCUGAUCACUGCGGUACGUUCGUUCCUGGAUGGCUGGCGGGUAACCAUCCAAGUGUAGAUAAAGGUUUAGUAGUACGAUCAGUAUGUCUCUCCAAAUCACAAGUUUGCUGCAUGACAUCUGUGAGCGUACUCGUGAGGAACUGCAACGGCUUCUUUGUUUACAAACUGGACGUGAAUUCAAGUUUAAACGUUACCUUUCGAGUGUGUGGAAGUGGUAUCAAAGGUAAUGUAAUAUUCUCUGACAUCUUUUUAUCAAUCGCAUUUGUAGAAGAAAAUCCUCAGAGAUUGUAG